GGCCCCACGCGGCCCCAACAAACUGCCGUUGUCCCGCGGGCCGUGGGCCCGGCACACUGGGGCUUUGUCCGGCCCCCCGCCGCGACCCGAGGCGGGGGCCCCACAUGACCGAAGGGGUACUUCCUGGACUCUACCUCGGAAACUUCAUUGAUGCCAAAGACCUGGAUCAGCUGGGCCGAAAUAAGAUCACACACAUCAUCUCUAUCCAUGAGUCACCCCAGCCUCUGCUGCAGGAUAUCACCUACCUUCGCAUCCCGGUGGCUGAUACCCCUGAGGUACCCAUCAAAAAGCACUUCAAAGAAUGUAUCAACUUCAUCCACUGCUGCCGCCUUAAUGGGGGGAACUGCCUUGUGCACUGCUUUGCAGGCAUCUCUCGCAGCACCACGAUUGUGACAGCGUAUGUGAUGACUGUGACGGGGCUAGGCUGGCGGGACGUGCUUGAAGCCAUCAAGGCCACCAGGCCCAUCGCCAACCCCAACCCAGGCUUUAGGCAGCAGCUUGAAGAGUUUGGCUGGGCCAGUUCCCGGAAGGGUGCCAGGCAUAGGACCCCAAAAACCCCUGGUGCCCAAUGCCCUCCGAUGACUUCAGCAACCUGCCUGCUGGCUGCACGUGUGGCUCUUCUCUCCGCAGCGCUGGUGCGUGAAGCCACCGGGCGCACAGCCCAGCGCUGUCGUCUGAGUCCGCGGGCGGCCGCCGAGCGCCUGCUGGGGCCGCCACCUCACGUUGCAGCAGGAUGGUCACCGGACCCAAAGUACCAGAUCUGUCUGUGCUUUGGUGAGGAGGACCCGGGCCCCACAGAGCACCCCAAGGAGCAGCUCAUCAUGGCGGACGUGCAGGUGCAGCUUCGGCCUGGGAGCUCGUCCUGCACUCUAAGUGCCUCAACCGAGCGCCCAGAAGGGUCCUCAACCCCUGGCAACCCCGAUGGCAUCACUCACCUUCAACGCAGCUGCCUCCAUCCUAAGCGAGCCGCUUACUCCUCUUGUACCCGCUGAAGGCAGCCCCCAACAGGGGGGCUCCCUACUCCCACCCAACCCUGCCCACACUAAGCCCAUGGACUUGGGGCCUCCCCCAGCACAUCACCCAGGUCUGCUGGAUGGCAGAGGUGGAUCGCGGCCUUCCACUCCUCUGUCACGGGGCCCCGGAACUCAAGAGUAGGCCACACCGCCCCCCCCAGCUGGGCGUGGGGCUUCGGCAGGAAACUGAACUCGAUCUUGAGGCCCCAGAAAGGCAGCAACUGGAGCAGAAGCAAGACUUCAUCUCUUGCUGACAGCCCAAUUUGUCAAUAGCGCUUUCCUCAGAGCCAGCCUUAACCUGCUGUUGAGUCCAUUAAAACGUUUGCUUAAAGUUUUUACCAAUAAUUAGAUCAUCAGGGUUGUUUAGUAUGGGAUCAAGCCAUAACAAAACUGCCUAGCCUCUCAGGGGCCUUGAAUUUACAGACCCUUCCUCCUCCCUGCAGCUAGUCUCUCUUCUUUAUUCUGGGGGCUGGGAAGGAUCCCAAAACAGGGAACUUGGCCGAACCCUGGGCUUUGGAUGCUAACCACUGAAGUACCAGCAUUGUAGGAUGCUGUCUUUGAAGAAACUGAGGCAGACCUCCAAAUGCAGCCCUAAGGCAGAGGUCAACGUGGAAGAACAGCCCUUCUCCAAGCCCCACUGGUCUUUGCAAGCUGUACGUUGUAGGGAAUCUGAGAACUGGAAAGGGGGACUACAACCAGAAAGUUGGUUACCCUGCCAUGGGAAUAAAGUAGCUGUUUUCCACCCCA